AUGAAGACAAGCUUCAACACCACCUCAUUUCACAAGGCUCAUUUUUCUCCAAUAUCAUUAAACAUUCACACUCUCAUUCAACUCUAUUGGUCCUCCGUUCAGAGUAAACUUCCGAAGAAUAUAUUUAACUUCACUAUCCGGUAUAUAAAUAACACUCUUCCGACUCGCAAAAACCUUCUGAAAUGGGGAAUAUCACCAACAUCCGAAUGUUCGUUUUGUUUGAAUCCAGAAUCACUUCUUCACGUCGUCGCUGGAUGCAAGACCUACCUAAAUGAAGGACAUUUCACGUGGCGUCAUGAUUCAGUGCUUAACUUCAUAGCAUCCAUACUUAAAUCUGUGAACCAUUGUAACCUUUAUGCUGACCUUCCUGGCUAUAUCAGUCCAUCUGUUAUCACCGGAGAUGAAUUGCUCCCUGAUCUUUUGAUAACACUUGAAAACAAAUGUAUUUAUAUACUUGAACUUACCGUCGGAUUUGAAUCUAAUCUCCUCACUAAUGCAACUCGAAAAAGACAAAAAUAUCAAGAUCAAAUUAACGAACAGCUCAAAAAUUAUGAAAAAGUGAAAUUUGUUAAUUUAUCGAUUAGCUCAUUAGUAGAUUUCAGCCACCCGUCGCUAGAUUUCACCGCAAUGCUGAAGGAUCUAAAGUUUGAUGAACAAUGUAGAAAGUACUAUGUUCGGAAAAUUAUUAACAUAUGUAUCAGGUCCUCGUAUUAUAUAUUCUGUAAGCGUAACAAAGAAUGGGAUAACCCACAACUAAUGUCAUACUAA